AUGAGCUACGAAGUGUACCGCAACAAAAACGCCACAGACGAAGACUUUGAAAAGAUCAACCAAAUGUACAAGCGCAUCAUGUCCGAAGACAAGGUCCUCUGCGACGCCGCUCAAAAGAACGUCAACGCCGGCGUCUUUGUCAGCGGUCUCAUGCACCCACGCAUGGAAAAGGGACCCCUCUACUUCCAAAACCUGUGCAGAGAGGCCGUCACCGAGCACCACGACAAGGAAAAGGCUGCUGGUGCGAAGAUCCACCCGGCGAGACAGCAAAUGAGUGCCGCCGAGAUGCAGAGUGAAAAGGACAUCGACUUUUGCUCUGGGUUGGCUUGUGGAGAGGAGCAACAGGAGGCUUUGGCUUGGUAA